UACUGCACGUCUCCACGGCAACCUGCAUUCCGCUUUGCGGCUGUGUAGACCACACCCACCGCAGACGUAAACUCUCGACUAGAGGCGAAAGAGAUUUAUCCUAGGUAAAAGUUGGACACCUUGAGAGGGCAGGAGGAGGAGAUGGCCAAAGGAAAAGCGAAGAUCAGCAGCUCUGAGGAUUUAGCCCCGCCCCCAGCACGGCUGCUCAGGUCAAGAAAGAAGGAAGCUGAAAGCAAUGAUGCUGUUCUAAAGGGCAAUGCUCAAGCCUCUCUACUUCUGAAGGGGUUAGAGGAGGGCGGAGCUGCAGCCGAGCCUCUGCAGGAAUGCGCCGUCAUUGUGCAUCAGAUGUAUCAGGCAGCAGAGUGCUCCUGUCUGACAGGGCCAGAUGAAGCCACCAAAGAAAAGGCAACAAAUGAAUCAGAGGUCAUUUCUUUGAGCACAGCAGCUCCAAAGUCUAGCUUCCGCAGCAACAAGAAUCAGACGGAGAGCUGGGCAGGUGAGGAUGCCGCCGAGGAAGGCAGCAAGAGACAACGGGCAGAGAAACACAAGAGGGAGGUGGAGGGACGGCGGGAGCAGCAGCAUUCCACCAUGGCUUUUCCAGCCAAGAAGAGGCGUAGGAUGGGUUCCUGUGGCCUGACGGAUGGAGAGCGGAGUCGUGUUUUAGGAAACUAUGAGAAGAAGCCAAGUUUUGUGAAGGGAGCUGGGAUGAAGGUCUGUAAUGAUUCAGACACCCCUCUGCGCUCCUCUGGCCAUGAAAGCGGGCAGAAGCAGGCAGAGCCUAAGCAGGUAGAGCUACAGUCUGCAGAGCCAAAGCAGGCAGAGUUACAGUCUGCAGAGCCGAAGCAGGAAGAGCUACAGUCUGCAGAGCCAAAGCAGGCAGAGCUACAGUCUGCAGAGCCAAAGCAGGCAGAGCUACAGUCUGCAGAGCCGAAGCAGGCAAAGCUACAGUCUGCAGAGCCAAAGCAGGCAGAGCUACAGUCUGCAAAGCCAAAGCAGGCAGAGUUACAGUCCGCAGAGCCGAAGCAGGAAGAGCUACAGUCCGCAGAGCCGAAGCAGGAAGAGCUACAGUCUGCAGAGCCAAAGCAGGCAGAGCUACACACUGCAGAGCCGAAGCAGACAGAGCUACAGUCUGCAGAGCCGAUGCAGGAAGAGCUACAGUCUGCAGAGCCAAAGCAGGCAGAACUACACACUGCAGAGCCGAAGCAGGCAGAGCUACAGUCAGCAGAGCCGAAGCAGGCAGAGUUACACACUGCAGAGCCGAAGCAGGCAGAGCUACAGUCUGCAGAGCCAAAGCAGGCAGAGUUACAGUCUGCAGAGCCGAAGCAGGCAGAGCUACAGUCUGCAGAGCCGAAGCAGGCAGAGCUACAGUCUGCAGAGCCGAAGCAGGCAGAGCUACAGUCUGCAGAGCCAAAGCAGGCAGAGCUACAGUCUGCAGAGCCGAAGCAGGCAGAGCUACAGUCUGCAGAGCCAAAGCAGGCAGAGCUCCAGUCUGCAGAGCCAAAGCAGGCAGAGCUACAGUCUGCAGGCGAGGAUGCAAGAGCACCGACUGAAGCCCCCAUGAGCGUCCUCUACAGGGGUCCAGAGGAGAGUAACCGCCAGCAGGCAGAGGAAGAGAGUAUUUCACAGUCGGUAAACCGUGCUGAAGGAGGAGCAUCCUCAACUGAAGCUCCCACCAGUGGACCUGCGCUGCAGCCUGAAGAGACCGCAGAACCAGGAGAGGCAUGCAAUGGUGGACCUACAGGCGAUCUUGCAGCGGCAAAGGCGGCGCCCAGCUCAGGCGGGGACUCGCACGGCGCCUGUGGAUGCUCCGAUGAUGUUUCCGACUCCCAGCUCAACACCAUUGUUUUCACGGAGGAGCUGAUGGAGGAUGUAGACGCUGGGCCAUCAGGCUGCCUGGAAGAUGCCACAGAGCUGCUCUGUGGAAUAAUCAGCGAGCUCUCCUCUGCAAAUCGAAGAGUCAUGGCGGCUCACCGGGAGCUGCAGAACCUGCGACGCUUCAAAAGCAAAGCCUCAAGAAACUCCACCCACCGAGAGCGCUGAGGGCAAAGUUAAAUGAUGAUUCUGUUUGUUUAGAAAAGGCAGUUUUUCUACAAAUGUUUGGGUUCCUCUGAUGUUCUCUGAAUAAAGUGUUUGCUUAUUCUCAA